CGUGCGACGCCAUAGGUCGAGCACACAGCUGGCCUUCGCCCUCAGUGCCCUUGUACUUUUGCGAAUUACUGGGCUCCCCGCUUUUCCAGCGUUUGUUCUUGCCGGGGAACGGUCCACGAUGAGCUGCUUGACACAGAAUCUGCGGGAAGUGAUGAAGGCUUUAAGCAGUGUUGGCUCUUUUGAUAGAGUUUUGCAAAAGGUGACUCUUGUCUCUGCUGUUCCUGGGAAAGUGGUUUGUGAAAUGAAGGUAGAAGAAGAGCAUAUCAAUAAAAUGGGCACUCUCCAUGGUGGUCUGACAGCCACCUUAGUGGACAACAUAUCAACAAUGGCACUGCUAUGCACAGAAAGGGGAGCGGCUGGAGUCAGUGUCGAUAUGAGCAUAUCGUACAUGUCACCUGCUAAACUAGGAGAAGAUGUAAUGAUUACAGCACAUGUUCUGAAGCAAGGAAAAACACUUGCAUUUGCUUCUGUGGAUCUGACAAACAAGGCCACAGGAAAAUUAAUAGCACAAGGCAGACACACAAAACACCUGGGAAACUGAGAACAGCAGCAUGACCUUAAGAAACCCAACAAUGACUACAAGUGUAAAUUUGACUAAACAAAUGUAAUUUUCAAAAUAAAUUAGCACAACCAGAAGUA